UAUGCGCAUCAACUAUGCGCAAAUAGGAACGGUCGGCUGCGCCCGACCAUUACGUCAACGUGAUGUCAUUAAAGCAGUCUGCACUAAGCAAGCGUCGUUUCAGUUACUCUUCCACAUACUUAUCAUUGGCGACGAGAAACCAAAGUACCCGCGUUGUGAAAUUUUUUUUUUUUCAAAAUGUCUGUUGGACAGUUUGGUAUUUUGUCUUGUUUCGAUCACUGUGAACAGACGUGGAAAACGUACAAGAGUCGCAUAACGCAAUGGUUUAUUGCUAAUGAUAUAAACCAUUUAACCGAUGCGACGGGAGUAAAGCGACGCGCGAUAUUGCUAAGUGCAUUCUCAGAGGGUACCUAUAAAUUAGCAUCGGAUUUAGCGCUGCCGAAGGAACUGCAGGAGGUGCCAUACCCGGAUAUCCUCGACCUAUUGGACGCCCACUUCACACCGAAGCGCGUCGGCUUCGGCGAGCGGCACAACUUCUAUGCGGCAAUACAGCAGCCCACCGAGUCGUUUACGCAAUGGGCGGCUCGACUGCGGGGGCUCUCGGCACACUGCGGGUUCAGCAACCUAGAGGAAGCUCUCCGCGACCGCUUCAUUAUGGGCAUGCAGCACGGGAUCGAGAAAGAGAAGAUCUACUCCAAGGACUUGAGCGGCCUGACUCUGUCAAAGGCCGUGGAGUUGGCGGAAAACAUCCGUUGUGCGCGCACGGGCGCCGCCAGCGCAGCCGCCGCGUCGAGCAGCAGCGCCGUCGUCGCUGCGCCUCCAGACGCGCUGUACAAGAUCGGUCAUUCAAGUGCUAUUGUACAAAGUGCUAGUGAAAGUGGUUUGAAAAAGGUGAAGUGUUCCGUAUGCGGCUAUAACCACAAGUCGGUAGACUGUCGUUUCUCGAACUAUACCUGCAAAAAUUGCAACCGGAAAGGUCAUCUUAAGCGAAUGUGCAAAAGAGUGAACCAGGUGACGUCAGCGGAGACGAACGUAUCGGACGAGAACGACGACGACGGUGAGUGUUUUCAUAUCCGAUCCUUUAGAGGGGAGCCUAUGGUGGAGUUUAUCGAGUUGAAUGGGGUUAAAUUAAAAUUUGAAAUAGACAGCGGGUCCGCCGUAACCGUUAUUUCAGUGAAUACCUAUAGUCGGCAUUUCAGUAAAACACAGUUGUUGCCAACAAAGAAAAGAUUACUAGGUUACUCCGGGGAAGCGAUUCAUUGCCUUGGUGUCAUGAGUCAUUCGCACAUAUUGUAUUGUGGGCAAACCCGUAACUUAGACGUAUAUGUGGUACGUGGCGGGGGCCCGGCGCUCCUCGGUAGGGACUUUAUUUCCAAAUUUAAUUUACAGUUGACUCCAGUUAACUAUUGCGACUCGCCUCUUUCAAUAGAAAAGCUCCAGGCUCGAUUUUCAAAAACGUUUUCGGAUACUUUAGGUACAUUCAACAAAUAUAAGAUCAAGUUAAUUUUAAAAGAACAGUCGAGACCAGUAUUUUUCAAAGCCCGUCCGUUAGCGUUCGCUUUAAAGGAGAAAGUUACUGAAGAAAUCGACAGAUUGGUCGAUUUAGGUGUAUUAAAAGCCGUAGAUCAUUCGGAGUAUGCGUCACCUAUCGUGCCUGUGCUUAAGAGAAACGGCUCCGUGAGGAUAUGUGCCGACUACGCUGUCAGUAUAAAUAAACAGUUAGUAGUCGACCAGUAUCCUUUGCCUACGGUGAACGAACUGUUUUCCAAAUUACAUAGCGGUGAACAGUUCACGAAAUUAGAUUUAUCGAGUGCGUAUAAUCAGCUUUGCCUCGACGAGGAGUCGCAAAAGUUAACGUGUAUCAAUACACACCGGGGACUGUAUCAAUAUACGCGGCUCGUGUUCGGUCUGUCCUCCGCCCCGGCUAUCUUCCAGCGUGCCAUGGAGACCGUAUUAUCGGGACUAGACGGCGUGCUAUGUCUGCUCGACGACAUACUGGUUACGGGCAGAAAUAGGGACGAGCACAUGGAACGUUUAAACUCGGUGUUGCAAAGGCUCGAGGAGGCUGGGUUAACGUUACAAAAGGAUAAAUGCGAAUUUUUCAAGGACGAAAUUAGUUAUCUUGGCUAUGUCAUAAAUAAAAAAGGGUUAAAGAAGUCACCCGAAAAAAUAAAGGCAAUCGUAGACGCACCUGUACCGACUAAUGUUAGCCAGUUGCAGUCAUUUUUAGGGUUGGCCAAUUAUUACAGGAAUUUUGUACCCGGGGCAUCUAGAAUUCUUAAUCCCUUAUAUGAUUUGUUAAAGAAAAAUAAAAAGUGGGAAUGGUCGCAGGAGCACACGGAUGCGUUCGUUUCAAUAAAAAAUAAUAUAGCGUCAGAUUUAGUGUUAGCGCAUUUCAAUCAAAACGCCAAAAUUAUUUUAACGGUAGACGCAUCCCCCACCGGUCUUGGGGCGAUAUUAUCGCAGGUGGGUGAAGACGGCGCCGAGCGGCCGGUCUCUUUCGCGUCGCGCACGCUCACGCCCGCUGAAAAACGAUAUUCGCAGAUACAAAAGGAGGCGACUGCAAUAAUAUUCGGCGUCCGCAGGUUCCAUCAGUAUUUAUACGGUCGUGCGGAACCUUUCCUUUUAAGAACAGACCAUAAGCCGUUAUUAUCAAUAUUCGGCCCGCAUAAAGGUAUCCCUGAAGUAUCUGCGAAUAGAUUACAAAGAUACGCAAUGUUUUUAAGCGCGUAUAAUUAUAACAUAGAAUACGUUCGCAGCGCUGAUAACAGCGCGGAUUAUCUGUCGCGCGCAAGCUUGGUAGGCGUGAGCGAGAGCGGCGAGGGGGCCGCAGAGGCGGGGCGCGCGUUGUGCGCAGACGCCGCCGCGGCGCUGUGCGACAGAGCUGCGUAUGUUUGUUUUGUUGUCGACGGCUCGUUACCGAUUACGGUCAAAGAAUUAGCAAACGAGACAUCGCGCGAUACUAUUUUACAUCGCGUAUUAAAAUACGUUCUUAACGGUUGGCCUAAGAAAGAAACAAAUCCAAAUUUUAAACCAUAUUUCUUAUGUCGGAAUCAACUAUCUUUAGAAAAUGGUUGUUUAAUGCGGGGGCAUAAAGUCGUAGUUCCAAGUUCAUUACGUCAGAAAAUUUUGGAUGAAUUACAUACAUCACAUUUGGGCAUUGUUAAAACCAAAGCUGAAGCUAGGUCCAGGUUUUGGUUCCCGGGCGUCGAUGACGCAAUCGAACGGCUGAUAGGGUCGUGUGAUAUAUGCAACCGACUGAGGCCAUCGCCACCGCGGACUAAAAUUUCACCAUGGAAGUUUCCACCUCAACCCUUCUUCAGGGUACAUAUUGACUUUUUAGGUCCGCUUAAUGGUCACACCUACCUAGUCGUCGUCGACGCAUACACUAAAUGGGUGGAAGUGUACGAUAUGAACGCGAAUUCGAAUUCGAACGCGGUGAUCGAACGUUUACACGACUUUAUUGCGCGAUUUGGUCUUCCAAAAACAAUAGUCAGUGACAAUGGUACAUCCUUCUGCUCACAACUAUUUUUGAACUUUUGCGCGGGAAAUGGGAUCACACAUUUAACAACGCCGGCUUACUAUCCCGCGAGUAACGGUCAGGCGGAGAGUUCGGUGAAGAUAGUUAAAAAGGGUAUUAAAAGCAGCCUUUUGGCUAGCCGUACUGCAAAGGAGUCAAAGUUACGACUUUUGAAGUUUUUGUAUGACUAUAGAAAUUCCGUUCACUCCACCACAGGCUUUUCUCCCGCCGAAUUGGUUUACGGGCGGAAACUUAGGACGCGUUUAGAUUUGAUCAACCCUAUAUCACCGUCGUCUUCGUGCGUUCCCCUUGCUCACUUUGUAAAUAAAAAACAGUCUUCGCAAGUUCAAGCUCACGGCGGCAAUAAUAAACAAUUUUUUUCACCGGGUGACCAGGUUUUAUAUAAAAAGUUUACUGGAAAUAAUAGAUCCACCUGGCAUCAAGCAACAGUUCUAAAAAGACUCGGUAAAGUGUUAUAUGUUGUACAAGACAACAAUUCAUUAAAUAAAAUGAAAAAACAUAAAAACCAAUUGUGGCUAUACAAAGGUGAGGCCAUGUUAAACUCAUGGGACUAUGACGAGAUAGACCUGGGUAGUCCCACAUCGUCGGUGGCAUCGGAGCAGCCUGGAGUGCCACAUGCGGUGCAAGACUCCGCGUGCGCAGAUUCGCCGCGGGGGGAGGACGAGGAGGCACGCUCGCCUCCGACGCCGCCUACCAACCACCCCAACGUGACGGUCACUAGAGGUGUUAGACGUCCGGUACUGUCCGACGAAGAAGUUUAGGGUUACUUUAUAUUGCAGUAAUGUUUCUGUCGUCUUAAUGUAUUUGUUUUGAUGGGGAUGUAUAUGUAUUCUAAAAGGGGAGGGAUGUUAUGUAUGCGCAUCAACUAUGCGCAAAUAGGAACGGUCGGCUGCGCCCGACCAUUACGUCAACGUGAUGUCAUUAAAGCAGUCUGCACUAAGCAAGCGUCGUUUCAGUUACUCUUCCACAUA